AAGAAAAAAAAAGAAAAAAGCUGAAGGUCUUCAUGCGUUGUCGCCAGAAGAUAAAAGAUUUUUUUUUAAAAAAAAACAAGAAAAAAGGAAAAAGAGCUCCCUUCAUUUGGGAAGGAGGAGAAGAUCUCAGAUUCUCCAUCUGCCACCCAACCCAAUCCAACCCCAAAAGUGAAAAUCCGAGCCCAACGCCCACUAUUUAAACCGCGCUUAAUUCGCAAACCCUCCUAAUGAUAGCAAGCUUCGUCGCUGUUAUAGCAAGCACGGAGUACUCUGUACUCCCUCGAAGCUCCUCUAAUGGCCGCCGACACACUCUCCUCGUAGCUCCGAGCGGGGAGCGAAGCUCCAAACCCUCGCGUUCAGAGCUCGUCGUUGACAUGGGACCUAGGGUUUCGAUGCGUUCCCCAUACGUUUAGGGCAAAUGAAGCGAUCGCUCCGCCUCCCCUUCGGCCUCCUCGUCCUCACCGCGCUCUUCACCACCCUCAGCUUCCGAGCGGCACUACGCCACGACCACAGCAGCGCCUCCAUCCGGGACGCGGCGGCGGCGGCGGCGGAGCCCGACCUGAACGCGACGCUGCUGAGGCUGUCGGCGGAGGACCCGGGCGAGGCGGCGCUGCGGCGCGACGUCGACGACCUCCUCGACGGCAACCUCCCCGCCUCCGCCGACCGGAGGGGCCGCUUCCACUCCUCGUGGCGGCGGGAGAACCACCACCACCACCUCCUCCUCCACCCCCGCCCCCGCUCCGAUCCGCAUCUCCCGAGUCGCUUCCGCUCGCAGCGCGACUACUUGAGCCUCCCUGAGUUCCGCCGCGCCCUCCGCGACUGGUUCCGCCGCCGCCGCUUCCAGCCGGGGGUCAUGCCCGAGCUCCCCGACCUCGUCAACAGCCACCUACGCGGCGCCCCGGCCCACCCGGCGGCGGCGCCCCGGAGGUCGCGCUUCUCCAGCUGCGCCGUGGUCGGCAACAGCGGCAUCCUCCUGAAUUCCGAGCACGGCGACCUCAUUGACGGCCACGACCUCGUCAUCCGCCUCAACAACGCCCGCAUCGAGGGCUUCCGCCGCCACGUCGGCUCCAAGACCGGCCUCUCCUUCGUCAACAGCAACAUCCUCCACCUCUGCGCCCGCCGUGACGGCUGCUUCUGCCACCCCUACGGCGAUGGCGUCCCCAUCCUCAUAUACAUCUGCCAGGCCGCCCACUUCCUGGACUUUGUCGCCUGCAACGCCUCCCACCGCGCCCCGCUCCUCGUCACUGACCCGCGCUUCGACGUCCUCUGCGCCCGCAUCGUCAAGUACUACUCCCUGCGCCGCUUCGUCAGCGAGACCGGCCGGCCUCCCGAGCAGUGGGCGGCUGCGCACGACGCGCUCAUGUUCCACUACUCCUCGGGCUUCCAGGCCGUGAUGCUUGCUGUCGGGAUCUGCGAUCGGGUCAGUGUCUUCGGCUUCGGGAAGUCGCUGGAUGCCAAGCACCACUACCACACAAACCAGAAGGUGGAGCUCGACCUCCACGAUUACGAGGCCGAGUACGCCGUCUACCGCAAUCUGGUCGAGCGGCCGCAGGUAAUACCAUUCCUCAGUGACUCUGGAUUUAAGGUUCCGCCCGUUGUGUUCUAUAAUUGACUGCUGGGUUGCUGUGCUCGGUCGCAGUGUAUAUGUAUAUUUUUCUUCUCUUUUUUUUUUUUCAGAGUACAAAGGAGUAAAGAUAUUGGAAGGGAAGGAGAAAUUUCUUGGUUAGAUCAUUUUGUUUCAAGGCCGAAUCCAAGUGGUAGCUGUCAAAUUGAAUUCAAAAUUCUUUAGUAGUUAUUUUAUGGUGAAGGAAUUUUAAUGUCUUUGUCAUGUUAGAACGCUGCACAGCAAAUUGUGCUUGUCAAUUGUAAAAGGUAGAAAGCUUGUUAUUCGGAAAUCUAAAAAGAAGGAUAUUAAGAUUCAUUUUUACUAUUCGUAUGUGGAAUCAAUCAUCAAUCGCAUACUCCUGGAAUUUUAUUCCGUUCUUUCA